CGCGUGCUCGGUUCCGGCGGGCGCGCGCCCGUCUGCGUGACGUCACUGGUGUGAAGAAGAUGGCGGCGCUCGUGAAGGCGGAAGUGUUGCAGUUUCGUCCUCCCUGGAAUGUGUGACUGCCUCCUGCAGGCCGGAGGAGUGUGUGAACUUCACCAUGAACAACAAGGACACGACCACAGAGUCCGAGACCAGCGGUCAGAUGAAAGUGUUUUUACCCAAUAAGCUGCUGGAGUGUUUGCCUCGCACCAGCUCUUUACCCAAAGAGAGACUGCGCUGGAACACCAACGAGGAAAUAGCAUCCUUCUUGAUUUCGUUCGACAGACAUGACGAGUGGCUUUCUUGCACGCUUAAGACCAGGCCACAGAACGGCUCGAUCAUCCUUUACAAUCGCAAGAAGGUCAAAUACCGGAAAGAUGGAUAUUGCUGGAAGAAGAGGAAGGACGGAAAGACGACCAGAGAGGAUCACAUGAAGCUGAAGGUUCAGGGCAUGGAGUGUCUUUACGGUUGUUAUGUUCAUUCCUCCAUCGUCCCAACAUUCCACAGGAGAUGCUAUUGGCUGCUGCAGAACCCAGACAUUGUUCUCGUGCACUAUCUGAACGUGCCGUCGCUGGAGGACAGUGUGAAGUCAUGUGGCCCGGUGUCGUGUGCUCUGACCGACCGCAGGGACAGUCUGCGCUGGAGCCGAGACGAACUGCUGUCUCAACUCAAACCCAUGUUCCACAGUAUGAAAUGGUCGUGUGGAGGCAACGGUUCUGUGGAGCUCUCAGUGGAGCAGAUGGUGCAACAGAUCCUAGAAACACAACAGACCAAACCACAACCUCGAACACACACCUGCCUCUGCGCAUCUCCCGGAUCCAACAUUCCUCACCGCUGCAACAGCACCAAACAUCGCAUCAUCUCGCCCAAACUGCCCACUCCUCACCCUGCCCUCAGCGAGCUGCAGAAUCUGGCCAAUGAGGGCUCAGAGGUCGGGUGGGAGGCGGGACCAGGCGAUGCAUUAGUCGCUGUUGUGCCUUCAGAGAGGAUGCAGCCAGAAGAGGGCGGGCGGGGCGAUGAUCCGGGGGGCGUGGCUUCCCCAUGCUCCGCCUCCUCUUCCUCCUCGUCUUCCAGUCCGCCCCAAACGCAGCGGGCGGCGACAAUCUCUCUUAGCAACAGAAACGGAUUCUAUGGUGACCAGCGAGGUGGAUUGGCGGCACUCAUCGUCAUGACGACGGCGGCACCAGUGGGGCGUGGCUGUGGGGAGGACCCAAAUGCAGAGUUAGGCUCCACCCACCUGUCGCUCACCCGCGCCGGCGGACGUCUUGUUCUAUCUCCUGUGCCGCCCAAACAUGACACGCCCUCCCCACCAAGCUCCGCCUCCCCACCGAGCCCCGCCCCUCCUAAUCAGGGCGUGGCCACGCUAUCACUCACUCUCCUGCCCAGCCCUGUGAUUGGAGGACUGCUGCUGACCGACACCCCCGGGACACUCCUGCACCCAAACCCGAAGUCGCCAUCGCCCUCGCUGCUCCCGUUUGACCCCGACUCCUUCCUAAACAGCCCCAAACAGGGGCAGACCUACGGAGGCCCCGCCCUCACGCCCCACUCUGUCUCCGCCUCCUCUUCUCCGUCUCCGCCUCCUUCCACGUCUCCUCAGCCGCCGUCUCUGGCUCUGUCUCUUUCUCCCACGUCUCCACCGUCAUCUCUAUCCUCCCUCUCUUCCGAGACGGAGAGGAAGAGUAUUCCGGGUCGUCCCUCGUCCUCGCUGUCUCUUUCGCUCUCUCCGACGCGAACAACUUCUGUGUUGCUCCCGCUGUGUCUGGAGUCGUCUUUAGGACUCGAUUCACUGGGUUCCCCUUUGUCUGUCCCGCCCUCUGACAACAGAGCUCCUCCCACCAGAUUCGCCGCUCAAGCCCCGCCCGGUCAUCUCCUAACCAAUCGGCUCUCACCUGCCACCCAAAUAACACCCUCCCUCGAAGUUCUGCCGACCAAUCAGCUGCCUCCAGUGGGAGAAAAGGCGGAGUCACAGCACCCUUGUCUCUUAGAGUCACACUCCAUGUGCAUUCAACCUCCGAAUCUGAUCCCGCCCCCGGCCACGCCCCCAAGCGCGAGUUCCGUACAAGUGAAGGAGGAGCAGUCUCCACCCACUCAUGCAAAUUUUGAAUCAGAAGUCACGCCCAUGGACACCACCCACUGCGGCCAUAUAGACGGUGAGGAGGCGGGGCUUACAUUUGACUCCACCUUCCCCGACCUCAUAUCUGAGCUGAUUACAGAGGAGCCCGUCAGUCACCCGCCCACCCUGGCUCCGCCCAUUUACCCCGUCCGCUACGUGGUUCCUCCUCAGCCGACACCAUCCACCUCGUUCCUGCCCUUCCCGCUCCUUACAAACUCCGGAGGAAACCCAGCGGAAGCCCAGCGGCUGGCCAACAUCACAGACUUCUCGCCCGAGUGGUCGUACCCUGAGGGCGGAGUGAAGGUGCUGAUCACAGGCCCGUGGUCAGAGACGGACGGCCGGUACUCAUGUGUGUUUGACCAGAGCAGAGUUCCUGCUUCUCUCAUCCAGCCAGGAGUCCUGCGCUGUUACUGUCCGGCUCAUGAAGCUGGACUCGUCGCUCUGCAUGUGUUGAAGGACUCCAGCGCUGUCUCUUCUUCUGUGCUGUUUGAGUAUCGCGCUCGCAACGCCUCGUCCUUACCGAGCUCACAGCUGGACUGGUUAUCACUGGACGAUAACCAGUUCAGGAUGUCGAUUCUUGAGCGUUUGGAGCAGAUGGAGCGGCGAAUGGCAGAAAUGUCAAAUAACAAUCAGCAGAAUCAACACAUGAAUCACUAUCAUCAGCAGCAGUCGAGGAACCAGAGCUCCACUCCGCGCUUAACUCCUGAAAACCAGUCGGGGCUCUGGUUCGAGCGCAGGAUUGUGGCCGUGUGUGAGCGCAUGAUGGCCGGCGGUCGCUGGGAACGAGGCGGUGAGACGGACAGACUCACACACUCCGUCAGACACCGAGGGAUGACGCUACUGCAUCUCGCCGCCGCUCAGGGAUACACACAGCUCAUACACACACUCAUAUGCUGGAGGAGCAUCAGUGUGAAUAGUUUGGAUCUGGAACAGGAAGUGGAUCCUCUGAACGUUGAUCAUUUUUCCUGCACACCUCUGAUGUGGGCGUGUGCUCUGGGUCAUCAGGCUGCGGCCGUGUUGUUGUACCGCUGGAGCAGCGCGGCUCUGGGAAUCCCGGACUCUCUGGGUCGUCUGCCUCUGGCCGUGGCACAUUCACGCGGACACACACGUCUAGCUCGCUGUCUGGAGGAGUUACACACACACUCUCAGAUGCAGGAACACACACUGGACACACCCUCACCUCCGUACCGACCCCUAUCUCCACUGUCCAGCAGCCCUGACACGGGUCUGAGCUCGUCCAGCAGUGUCCCCUCCCCCAGUGACCCGCCCUCUCCCUCCCCAAGCUCCGCCUACUCCAGUGGCUCGGUUCCUGACCCCAUGGACUCCGCUUCCUCCCCCUCCUCCCCAUUCUCAGCCCCGCCCCCGGCCGGUUCCACCGACUCGCUCUUCCUGAUGGAGUGUGAGGCCUCGAGCCCCUCGGUGCCGGCUGUGUCGCUUCAUUCGGAGCUCGCCGACGAACUGCUCAACUACAGCGAGAACGCUGAGAAUGAGGACUACCUGUCUGACGAGGUCCUACAGGUUGACAUGGCAACGCUGGCCGAGCAGAUCAUUGAGGCCACGCCUGAGCGAAUCAAACAGGAGGAGUUUAACCGGGAGGCGGAGUCACCGCUGCGAGAGAGGCGGGACAAUCCUGCCAUUCACGACACCAUGCCGUGGCUCGCAACAUACCUCGACACCGUCGACAGGAGUCUGUGUCCCACCCCUCCCUCGCUCCUCAGUGAUUUGGCGCUGCAGAGGCUCCGCCCCCCGAGCAGUGCGGCGUGGGCGGAGUUUCUGAAUGCUUCAGCCAAUGGAAGGAUGGAAAGAGACUUUGCCCUGCUGACGCUGACAGACACAGAGCAGAGAGAGCUGUAUGAAGCUGCACGCGUCAUCCAGAACGCCUUCCGCAGAUACAAGGGGCGGAGGCUAAAGGAACAGCAGGACAUGGCUGCAGCUGUAAUACAGCGCUGUUACCGCAAAUACAAACAGCUAACAUGGAUAGCACUGAAGUACGCCUUGUAUAAGAAGAUGACGCAGGCGGCCAUACUGAUUCAGAGUAAGUUCCGCAGUUAUUACGAGCAGAAGAAGUUCCAGCAGUCGCGGCGGGCGGCCGUCCUCAUCCAGCAGUACUACCGCAGCUAUAAAGAGUAUGAGCGCGUCAAGCAGGGGCCGCGUGGCCCCGGGGCCCUCAACACCAAGCUCAAAGGCUCGUUCCUGACCAAGAAACAGGAUCAGGCUGCGCGGAAGAUCAUGCGCUUCCUCAGACGCUGCAGACACAGGAUUAAGGAGCUGAAACAGAGUAAAGAGCUGGAGCACAAAGGACUGACCACCUGACCACACACACACACACACACACACACACAUAUAUACACACACUCGUACAGCCGUGUUUACAGUCGUCCGCUCAUCACUCGUGUCACACACACACACACAGAGGAUUCUCUUUGGCUUGUUUUUUCCAGUCGUUGCUGCAACACUACCAUUGACGUUCAGCUUUCCUGAAUGUUUGGAAUGUUUUUCUGUAUUAAUGGAUCUCUAUAUAAAUGUAAACAGCAUCUACUCUCAUAUAUACUGUAUGAUCAGAAAUACACAGCUGAUUGUGUUGACAUGGUUAUUUAUUGAUCUCUUGGAGAUAUAUUUUAUAAACGACAGAAUGAACGCCGCGUCUGUAUCCAAAGUCUUAAAUCGUAGUUGCCACGGUAACACACGGCGGAAAUGUACAGUUGCCUAGUGACGAACACGCGAUGGCAAUUCUAGUCCAACGGUUUGUUAAAUAUUAUCACUGUAUAUGUUCAUUAAAUAUAAUGAAUAUAAUAUCAGUCCAGCAAAUAAAUGAAAUGUUGAGCUCUUUCAGCAGCAUCUGUCACAGAAAAUCAUUUUGAUUCGUCAGUUUGUGAAAACAGUUCACGUGAAACUAGUGUGAUAGUAAUCGUUUCCUGAACUCGUGUGUGUUUGUGUAAAUCUGCUCACACUCUCAUUACUGUACAUGCAGUUUAUCUGUGUAACGACGACGGAUCCUGCUGAUGAAGCUCGCUUUCUCUCGUAAGACGUUCAGUUUGAUGGUUUAAUGAAACAAACUGUUAUCAAACCACCAUGAGUUUUUCAUUUCUGAAACUCCAGAUUCAAUACGUGCAGAAGCCCUGAAGUCCUUCCUGAGAUUAAAGAUCACAUUUUUUUCUAUAUUACAUUUUCUUUGGUCUCUCCAAAGAAUUUCCUCUCUAAAAAACCAAGAAUUUUUAUUCUCUCAUAAAAAAAAAUUUUUUCUCUUUCUCUCGUGAAAAAUUGAGGAGAGCAAAGAAAUUUGACGAUAAAAAAACUUUUGAAGAGAAGAAAGCUUUUAAGGAAGAAAAAUUGAGAAGAGAAGAGUUUUUGAAUAGAGAGGAAGAGUUUUGUGAGUGAAAACAUUUUAGGCUUUUCAUGCUGAAGUUCAGGGCUUCUGUAGGAGCUUGUUUCUGCCACAGAAUAAAGAUAUAAUAAUAGUGAGUUUUAAUCUCACGAUUUAGACAUUUUUCUGACAGUUGCGAGUUUGUGUGUCACUUUAUAUACUGUAAAAGUUAUUAAAUAUGAAUAAUUCUGGAUUGUAUGAUAAAUAGCAAUUACUCAGUUUUUGUUCUGUGGCGUGAAUAAUCUUCCAUAAUUCCGAGAUCUCAGAGCCGCGUGUGAAAGGCGUCACUAGGCAUCAUUAGACUGGAGGAUCGUUUGUUUUCUGGAUAUUUUUGAAUGUGCCUUGAGGUGUUUUUAACUGAAUGAAUUGCAGCAGUCCUGCGUCUCUGAAGAACUUCAGUUCUCGUCUCGAUUCAGACCUUUAUGCAUUAGUCUGUAAAUACUGUACAAUAUAAAGAGCUGGUGAAAAUAUAUUUAAGAAAGAAGACUUGCUUCUGCCUGAUGAAAUGUUUAAUUUAUUCUCUGUACGGAUUGCCGAUAUGCACGCUUAUAUUUACACGAGAUUCUUCAGCAUGUUUUUGCUUGCUGGUGUUUAUCGUUUGCAUGAGUUUCUGUUUGUUUUUGUUCAUAUUUCCACUCACAGGCCUUUAGUACCGCUGACGCUGAUUAUUUAUGAAUAUAGAUUUAUGGACAUGUUUGAAUUGAUUUCUACUGUAUAAAUUCAUUGACAUUUUGCAGAUAUUUGUUCAGGCUGUUUUACUGUUUCAUAACGUUUCAUUAAAAUUCUUCAAAUUCAA